GGUUAUUUUAGCGAGAGUAAUAUUGAGGCCAAUGUGAAGAAGUGGAGGAGCGAGCGCUAGCGGCGAGAGCGACGAUCGCAUUCUCUUUGUGAUCGAUUCGAGCUAGGUAGAGCUGCGGUGCAAGGUACCACUGGGAUUUCGAUUCCAUUGCCAGGGUUCGAGCCUAUGUAAGGGGAGAUCGAUCCAUUCGCCGCGCGAGCGCGUAGCGCUCCCUUCCUUGUUCUUGGCAAUGUGUGACGAGAUGGAGGGCGGCGAGGCCCGGGGCAGCGAUAUUUCGGCGUGAUUCCACCGCGAUUUCGCCCGAGAAUGGCCGCAUUGGUGGUGAGAUCCUCGGACCACGACAAGGUUCUCUCGGGGCUGGGGCAUCACGGCAGCGCUCACUUCACGGCCGAUAAGGUCGUGUCUAGGAUCUCUAGGGGAGGCGGCGGCGAUGAGCCAUCGUCCUCGCUCCUCCAGGGAGCGCGCGGCCGGUCGCGCAAGAGCAAGAAUGGGCCAAAGAAGCAGCCGCAGCGGGGAUUGGGCGUGGCGCAGCUAGAGAAGCUGCGAUUGCAAGAGGAGAGCAAGCAGGAAUCGGCGUGCCUGGCGUCGCUGGGCCUGGUGCCGCUGCCAUCCGGCUAUGGAUUCCUGGACCAGGAUGUCUAUCCUCUCCUCUCGUCGACUCCGCGGCACCACCACCACCACCCCCACCACAUCAAGGGGAUCUUGGGCUUUGGGAGUGGCUACAGGGGCAGCAGCAGUGGCUCGCCGGAUCAUCGAAAUGGGGGGUUCUCGCCGGGAGGCUGUGAUCCGUCCGUGGAGCCAUCGCCGCUAGAAAUUCUGAUGCAGCAGCACGAGGUGGCGCGAAUGGUGGCCACGUCCAAAUCCUCGCCUCUGGUGCCGGCCUUGGUGGCUCCUCCUCCUCGAGCUCCUCCUGAUAAGAAUGCCGGGGGUCUCAUGGCUGCGGCGAUGAUGCGCGCGGCUGCUUCUUCCAGCUCCUCGCGCAACGAGGAUGCGAUGGUGGUCAAGCAGCAGCAGCAGCAGCAGCAGCAGCGAAAAGCUGGUGGCGAGCAUCACCCCUUGGGUGUGAAUUCCGGCCAGCUUUUCGAUGCGUCGCUGCCACCGGGGUCACUCCCGAUGCCGCGCGAUUGCAGGGAAUUGUCUAUGGUUGGCAUUCCCAAGGAGCUCUCUUCUUUCCAAACAAACUUUCCAGGACACCAAGUGUGGCCUAGCAUGCAUAAUGCUUCUGUGGAGAAGCAGCGUCCAUGCGUCGUGAUUUCCCUGGAUCACGGGGAAAUCCACUCCAACUCUUCACAGAGUGAAACCGCCGACAACAUUCUCAAGCCGGGCGCGCACUAUACGCCUCGGAGCAUCAGUAAUGCGCUUGGCAAAUCAUCGCUGCCGUUUCUUAAGGCCGAUGCAAUCAAGCAGCAGCCGAGUUGCAUUGGUGCCGCGCCUGGCUUUGACAAUCUCGUCAAGAGCGAGCACCACCCGACCGACAGCAGCACGUCCAGCGUCUCCAGCAUGCCAUUCCUGCGCAAGCGAGUCGCGGCUGCUUGCUAUCUCGACUCCACAUCAUGCUCGGCGGCGAAAAAGGCUCUGGUGUCAUCAGGGGCUGACUUCCUCGCCCUGAGCCUUUCAAUCUCGCACAGCGACGUCGAGUCCAGCGGCAGGAGCCUGAUUUGCUCUGCCAACACCAACGCUUCUCCCGCCGCUGCCCAGCAGCAGCAGCAAAGAUCGUCACUGUCGCUGCAGGAAACACUGACUGAUGUGGAGGAUGGCAGCAGCAGCCAGAAAUCUCCGAGCUCUUAUGGCAACUCCUUCACGGAUGUGUCAACGAUCGAGGAGGUGGAGCACAGCAUCACCGUGUCCCACCGGCAGGAUAAUCGCCAUCAUCAUCAGCAUCAUCGUCGCCGUCGCAGCAGCGCCCAAGAUGUGGAUCUCAACUUGAAGCUGGCCAUCUAAAAGUAUUCCACUUAACUACCGUAACAGUAUUAUUAUUGAUUAAUUAAACGUGACACGUGGCAGAGGCAUCUUUGUGCCACGUUGAGCAUACUCAACCGUUGGA